AUGACCAUUCUUUGUGCAGACGCUAUCUGUUUACCCAGUUGUGUUUCGAUCCUGCGUGGAGUUUGGUGUAUCGCUAGUUCAUGUUAUUAAUUUUACGCGCAAAGGAAGUAGUUUGUUGUGUAUGCCGUGGGCUGUUUGGUGCAAUAUAGUGUGUUAAAUAGUGGACAACUUUUGCGGGAAAACAGCAAUGUGACUGACUGGUGUCUGUCUGAGGAUGGCUUGGUCUGGGGCGCUGCUGGGUCUCCUAGUGGCCGUCGCUUCAGCCCUCGAGGGGCCGAAUGUCUGCACGCGGCAGGAGACUUACACGACGACUGUCCGUGUCUCAGAACAGAAGCCGUACCAAGUGCGUGAUUACACCUGGUGUUUCAACUUCCCACCACGCUGUUCAAAGUACAAGAUAAAUUUCAAGACUGUGUACAAAACAGUGUCCCUAGCCAAGACACGGCCUGUGGAAGACUGCUGUAAGGGCUACGCCAAGAGCAACGCUGCAGAUCGCUGCAUCCCCGUGUGUUCAGAGAAUUGCCUGCAUGGCACCUGCAUCGCACCCGAUACAUGCAAAUGCGAAACAGGAUAUGGUGGCCCCACCUGCAGCAUUUCGUGUCCUGACGAUCGGUGGGGUCCAGACUGCGGCAGCAAGUGUCAGUGUCAGAACGGGGCGUCUUGCGACCCAUACAGUGGAGAGUGUAGGUGUACUAGGGGCUGGCGAGGCCAGUUCUGUAGUGAGACGUGUCCACCCACGCAGUACGGACAGGACUGUGCUGAGCAGUGUCGUUGCAAGAAUGGUGGCUCCUGCCACCACAUAUCUGGAGAGUGCGUGUGCACGCCGGGCUGGACGGGACCUUUAUGUGAGGAUCGAUGUCCUGAGGGAAAGCACGGGGAAGAGUGCUUGUCAGAAUGUCGCUGCCAAAAUGGAGGAACCUGUAACCCUGCAUCGGGCAAAUGCUACUGUACUCCAGGCUGGAGUGGCAUCGUGUGUGCUAACCGGUGUCCAGCUGGAACUUGGGGUGAGGGCUGUAACCUGAUAUGCGACUGCUACAAUGGGGCAUCAUGUCAUCACAUCACAGGACAGUGUGAGUGUCAGCCAGGCUUUCAGGGAGACAGGUGUCUGCAGUCAUGUCCAGAGGGAAAGUUUGGUGCCAACUGUUCUUACAACUGUACCUGCAUGAAUGGAGCAACAUGUGACCCAGUGAAUGGGACAUGUGCGUGCACACAGGGCUGGAAGGGACGUAAUUGUUCCACACGAGCCUGUCCCGAUGGACUCUUUGGGCCGCAGUGCCUGUCAGUGUGUCAGUGCAAUGUUGAUAAUACAGACAUGUGCCAUCCAUGGACUGGAGAGUGCGACUGCAAAUCUGGGUGGGAUGGAAAGAUGUGCUCUCGCCCCUGCCCGUUCUACACGUAUGGAAAGGGCUGCCAUAACACCUGCAAUUGUAAGAAUGAUGCACAGUGUUCACCUGUCAAUGGGACUUGCAUCUGUGCAGCAGGUUAUCGGGGUACGGACUGCAGUGAAUUGUGUCCGAGUGGCACGUUUGGUGAAGACUGUGCUCAGAGAUGUAAUUGUAAGAAUGGUGCCAAGUGCUCCAGUGAGAAUGGACGCUGCAAUUGCACGGCGGGCUGGGAAGGGCAGCAGUGCGAUCGACCUUGCAAUGAGAAAUUCUACGGCUGGGAUUGCAACUCGCGAUGCAGGUGUCUCAACAAUGCAGCGUGCAACCCCCAAAAUGGGACAUGCACCUGUGCCCCGGGCUACAUGGGUGAGUUGUGUGAGCGGAAGUGUGAGUCUGGAUGGUUUGGACUGGAGUGCAGCCUCGUGUGCAACUGUCAUGAUGACAAUAGCAUCGGCUGUGACCCCGUGACCGGGGCAUGUCUGUGUAAGCCUGAGUGGGGUGGGGUACAGUGUGAGACGCGCUGUCCGCCAGGGCGCUACGGAAAAGAUUGCGGCAGCGUGUGCGAGUGCCAGAACAACAGCUCGUGUGACCCAGUGACUGGACACUGUGCGUGUGCACGUGGUUGGGAGGGAGAAGACUGCAGCGCACCUUGCAAACAGGGUUAUUAUGGGCUCGGCUGCAAGGAGAAGUGCCCUGAUAUGAUAUAUGGGAACCGGACGUGUGACCACGUUACUGGUGAGUAUGUGUGUCGGGCGGGCUACAUUGGUCUCACUUGUGAACAUCCAUGUCCUCUUGGAACAUACGGACCAAAUUGUCUUGAUAAGUGCACCUGCAAGAAUGGUGCUGACUGCCACCAUGUGACAGGUGCAUGCCAGUGUUUGCCCGGUUGGAAUGGGAAGAACUGUUCCAUCGCAUGCCCUGUUGGAACGUACGGCAUGAACUGCAGUCAGCACUGCAAGUGCCUGAACGGUGGCAAGUGCCGUCGUAAUGAUGGUCUCUGCCGCUGUCCACCAGGAUGGAUUGGCGCCCAGUGCACUGAAAUCUGUCCUGAGGGUUACUAUGGAGACCACUGCAUGAUGCCAUGUGAAUGUCCCAAUGAGAACUUCUUGUGUCAUGCAAAGGAUGGUUGUGUGUGUCGACAGGGAUAUACAGGUGACCGCUGUGACACACUACAGUUCUCCAAGAAUGUGCAGGAGAAGGAGGCACAGAACUAUGGAAGUAUGGUUGCUGGUGUUGUUGUAGCCCUGAUCCUUGUGGCCGUAAUAGUGGCUCUACUGUUUUACUAUAAACGUCGUGUCGCCAAUCUUAAAACGGAGAUUGCUCAUGUGCAGUACAUUGCCGAUCCUCAAGUAGCUCCAGAUCGACACCACUUUGACAACCCGGUGUAUUCAUACCAGACUCCAGCUUCCAAGGGAGAUGAUGGAACGAACCUGCUGUUGAACAAUGUCCAGACAAAGAUCCGUAAUGAUCUUGGCGUUAGCAAGAACAACACCAACCUGGAGCGGCAGAAGCUGGGCACUGGUUGCAGUGAAGAUGAUGAUGAUAUCAGUAACAAAGGGGCAUAUGGAUUGACAUAUGAUCAUCCCACUUCUACCAAGAAUCGUGAGGCAGAUGCAGGUAACCCGAAUGUGAACGUGUAUCACAGUAUUGAGGAUCUUCAAGAAGAUCGGAAGGUGGAGCAUUUGUACGAUGAGAUCAAACAGAAGGAGGGGCAGGACCUGGAAUAUGACCACUUGGACUACAGUCGUCCUGGCAGUUCCUGGAAACCACACUAUCAGCGUAUGGCCAAUGGCUUCACACUUCAGUCGAAAGAUGCUGGCAGUAAAGAUCACACUGACAUCGCAGACUGAUACAGUUCCUUCCAGCGGUUGGUGCUUGCAGUGAGGUCCAUGCCAAUGUACAGAACUCUGAAAAUAUACUGACUGGACCAGUUUGGUGGUAGUGUCAGCCUCUUGACAAUCAUUGAACAAUGAUUUAGGCAAGACAUUCUUCUGUGUUUUUUGCACAGCCCAUAAUGAAAUUAAGCAAAGGUGCUAGCUAUAUAACAAUAAAUGCAUUACAAUAAAGAGCUGCUAAAUUGGGAAUGUUGUAAGGUAGACGACACAGCACCGUGCACUUACUAAUGUACAUCGUGGGUAUCAAAAAUGUAGUUAAUGAUUGAAACGUGGUUAGUUAAAAUUAGUCUUGUCGGAGAAAGUGUAUUCUUCCCCUGUUAUGUAUACAUGAUACUCGCUUGUUUUUAACAUUGUGCUUUGUGACAAUGACAUAAUUCCUCUGAGACUGAAGUAGUUCUUAUUGAUCUCUUGAAUUUAGUGAUAAAACAGCUGGCUACCUACUGUUAUGUGGUUCAUCGUUACUGUAAAAAUCGGAACUUCCAACACUCACAUUCAUUGCAUUUUCUGUGACUUUAUAAUGCUUAUUGUAAUUGAGUCGCUACAUUGGAUCACUCAUUUUGAUCACUGGACUCUGAGAUAUUUCCUUCUUUUUGUUUUAAAGAGAGCUUUUCUUGGCAGAGGCAAUUAAAAACCAACAAACCUGGCUCUUAUGAGUGCAGAGUGUCAUACUUCGUUUUUACAUGGAAAUAUGUUUAUGUGCAUUCAGCAAUAAAACGAAAUAUUAUGAUUUUUGCAUAUGUUUCAAUAGAUUUUUGAUUGGUCACAUAGACUUUGAAUUUGUUUUAAAAAAAGCUUCGUUAAAUUUUUGUUAUUGCAUAUGAAAUCUGUUUCUCCUUUAACAUUUUGCAUCAAACAGAAUUAAGGGCAUGUGGCCACAACCGGAGAUCUUAUAAACAGUAUUUUCAUGUGUAAAAAUUUUGACAGUCUUUGUGCGUGGUUCAAUAUAACAAUUCGCGUAUGGCAUAGAGCUUGGUAUUGAAUGGACACAUGUAGCAGCAGGGCUCAGAUAUAUAACAAACAACAGAAUUGGUUUUCCACAAUAAGCCAGUAGUAUUACAGUGUAUAUGAACAUCUGAAUGUUUCUGGUUGCUAACAGAAGUGGGUGGGUGUAUCAUAUUGUUUCCCAUAAGUGCACAAUGGUAGUACAUGGAUUUGAUAAGUCUGUGAAAGUGUAGCAGUGUAUAAUAACAUACAGACUGGAAGAUUAAUGCAAUUUUAGAAAGAUUAUUUACAGGCAAUGAGUUUUUAUGAAUAUUUUAUCAGAUUUCAUUUAUUUUAUGUGUAUAUUUUAAAAACAUAAUUCUCUUAAAGUAACUUUUUACUCUACACUGAUCCCUCAAUUUAGAAAUGUAAGUCAUGCAAUGAAGUGUUUGUAAGAUGAAAAUUUGUAAAUUGAAAAUGAAAUUCUCAUUAAUUUCCAUGUGACAAAUUGUGACUGGUUCCUGACUCCAAGAAAAACUAUCCAACAUUUUUUUUACUCCUUAAGCAUGUCAUAAAAAUUAUAACAGUAUUGCUUUUUUAUGAUACUUAUUACCUAUUUUACCCUGUAAGGCACAAUUGAAGUGUUAAAUCAAAUGUUUACAUUGUACAGCAGUCCCUGUAGUUAACAGUAUAAACAUCAGAACAUACAUAAACAAAGAAACCUUAAAAAUUUAACAACUUCAAUUACUGUACAUAUAAUGAUAAUCAAGAAUCAGCGUGUAUAACAAAUCAUUCACAACCAGAUUGGGAGGAGCUGGUGGUUGAGAGAAUUUAGUCAGCCUCACAUUUUCCAUGUGCUGUGUACUUCUCUAUUCCUCUGUGUUUGUUACUCACAAAGCUGAUGCUCGGCCAUUGGAUGAAGGUUUUUUCUUCAUGUAGUGAAAAUUAAUAAAUUGGAAAUUUGUAAAUAAAGAAUUGAGGGAUAGGUGUAAUGUGUUUUUUAAUACUUGUUUGUUAAUGAAUUUGCGGAGAGAGAGAGAGAGAGUGUGUGUGUGCGCAUGCAUACAUAAUUAUGUGUUUUAGAGAGCUUCCUCGGUCAAUAUUCAAGAUGAUGUCUGACUAGACAAGAAAGGGAACAGCAACCCUCAACUGUUGGCAAGCUUAAUACUUGUAGCCAGUCUUAAAGUGUGACUUGAUUUUUCCAAAUGGGCAGUUCAUGUUUGAAGCUGUUACUGACAUCAUUUGUUUGACUUGUCCAGGUAAUGAACAUUACAGAAAUUGUAAAUACUGUUUUUCUUUCUUGCUGUAUAAUUUUUCCCAGGCCGUUGUCAGUAUUGAAAAUCACCUCCCAAUAUUUCAGUCAUAAGUCUUUUAAUCUGUAACUUCAGCAUUUUGGGAUAAGCCGUGUUGAUUGCUGAAGGUUUGUCAACAUUUUGGCAACAGUUCUGAGGAUAAUAUUUUGACCUAGAGGGAUGAAGUGACAAGGGGCUGGAGAAAAUUACACCAAGAGGAACUGCAGUUUGAGGGAUAUUUCUAGAUAGCCACAAAUUGGUGAUGAAUACAAUGAUGAUGUACACAAACAUUGAUUCCUUAGGCAGGAUUUGAACUUAUUAGUUUUCAGGCUAAAGCUGUAUUUCAAAAUAGCAUUUGUAUUACAUAUAAUCUUACCCUCCUAAUGGCUUUGUGAGAACACUGUUUACAUAGCACACAAAAGUGCAGAGAAACUCAGCUCAUAGAUUCCUUCAUUUAUAACCAAAUACCAAUGGUUAACAUCAAAAUUAUGUUAGGCAAAAAAUGUCAAAAUGUGCACUCACACAAAAUUGUAGAAAAGAACAACUGCUUCAAGUUUCUCAAUGGAGAAACAUUCUCCUGAAAUGAAAUAAUUAAUUCUAAGCACAUCAGCAACUUCGUACAGAUGAAGUUGUAAUUACCUCAGCUCUGCAUAUCCUUGGAACUGUAUUCAACAUUAAAUGACAGUCUGUCACUAUAGAGUUAAGGUAAAAGUUUGUCUCGGGUAAAACCUUUGUACAUAAAAGUAAUAUGUUGAGAGGAGGCGAAGACAAUUGCAAAAUAGAACCUUGUGCUGUGCUUGAAAACCAAGAAAUCGCGUAGCUUGGUAAUAAGCAGUGACUGAACUCUUCUGAAGUGUUUGCACAUUUGUGCAUUUUUUAAAAUUUAAUUUGCUGCAGUCGGUUCUCUUCCUUUCUCUGUUAGUUGAAUGUAACAAACAAAUAAUCUGUACACUGUGAUCACAUGUCAUGUAGUAAAUACAUAGCUUAAUAUAAUUCUUAUUUUAAAGUGAGAUGAUAAAAAAGCAAUAAAUAAAUGUGUGAACAGAUGUGUUCUUUGUUUGAAAUUUAAAAAAAAGUUUUUUGUAAUAAAACAUUCCAUAAAGUUAAGAAGAUCAAAACUGAAAUGACUUUUACACAUCGUAUGUUACUUGUUCAGAAGCUGUUAUGAAUCAAAAUACAUAUUCUAUUAUAAUUUUGUA